AUGGAAUCCCGCAGACGAUCACCGCCGAUCAAGGCCGAAGCAGCCAACAAAGUCAUAAUUGGGGUAAUCAAAAAGGCCGUAGAAGAUAACCUGAGAAGAUGGCACGAAGUGUUAGGGGAGGCCUUAUGGGCUUGCAAGCAAUACCAAAAUAAAGCCACUGGUUGCACUCCAUUCCAACUAGUUUACGGACAAGAAGCGAUAUUGCCGUUGGAAAUCACGGUGCCAUCACUACGAGUGUUGAACCAGAAUUCUCUUAGUCCCGAGCAGUACUUUACAGCGAUGUUACAAAGAUUGGAUGACGUACACGAGGAUCGGAUGAUGGCUUUGGAAAAUAUCAGGGCAAAUAAAGUGAAAGUGGCGCGAGCCUACAACAAGAAGAUACAUCGGAGAACAUUCCGAGAAGGAGAUUUGGUAUGGAAGGCGGUGCUACCCGAAGGAUUCAAAGACAAUACAUUCGGGAAAUGGUCUCCUACAUGGGAAGGUCCGUAUCAAGUGAGUAAAGUGUUACCUAACGGUGCUUAUAGAUUGAUGAAUAUUGAUGGUACAUAA